AUGGGUGUGACGUGUACUUGGGGCACAAGUGUAUGGUUCCCUCAAGCUACUCUAAAGUUUGCAUUCAUGGUCUGGUUGGCGACUAGAAAUAGACUUGCCACUAUGGACAGAGUGGCUAGCUGGAGUCCAGGGAUUGAUACUACUUGUUGCCUCUGCAAAAAUGCCUUGGAAACAAGAAACCACCUGUUCUUUGAGUGCUCAGUUUCAGCACACAUAUGGAAGCAACUCACUCAAGGUAUACUGCAAAGCUCGUUUGCUAGUAAUUGGGAUGUUAUCUCAAGUUUGAUCUCCUGCUCAUCUAUGGGGAAGCAGAAGAGGUUCUGCCUAAGAUAUGUGUUUCAAACCACAAUAUACAGCCUGUGGAGAGAGAGGAACAGGAGGCGACAUGGGGAAGCACCAACGCCUAAGGAGGUCUUGAUCAAGCAAAUAGAUAAGGCUGUGCAGAACAAGCUUAGUCUUAUGCAGUCCAAGCGAGUAAAAGGAUUUGAGGGAGUGCUACAAUACUGGUUUGGAACUAGGUUGUAA